AAGUCUGAAGCAUGAAUGAGCCAGUACCGGGCGAUGCUGGUGACCGCUAGCCACUAAGUGCCGCGCUGACGGAGUUGCCGUGGUUGUGUGCGCCUAGUCGGCCACCUCUUGUGCCUAACCGGCCACGUCCGUGCGUGCCAGAGAACAUUUUGUAAGAUGCGAUUUUGUCUCUCAUGGCGAGGGAGCUUUCGUCGUGAGAUUCGUUCACUUUCCGUACGGUCCACUUCGUUCGAAGUAUACUACGCUCGCGGGUUACGUAAAUUUGCAAAAAAAAGACUAUAGAGAAAAGGAAAACCGCCGCAAGAUAAGGAAGGAAAGAAAAGAGCGAACUGUGCGUAGAACGUCGAAAUGAGGAGGGCAUCGUUUGAUAAACACAAUAACACGAAGCGGAACGUUUUGAGCAACACGUAUAGUUCGUACAGAGUCGCGUCCGAAAAUUCAAAGGAUGCAGACUACCAGUACAGUGUGAAUUAUAGUAAUAUACAAGAGAAUUAUCUGCAACGUAGCGUAUCUGCGGACAAUGUUGUAAUACGUUCCCGUGGUUUCAAGCCCUCUGAUAGGCACGAUCCCGUGAAGAGGAAUUUUCUUGAGAAUCUUACUUCGAAGAUACUACAUUUCGAUAUGGAGAACAAUGGAAGUGCCCCGGUUAAUUUACAAAAAUUACUUACUCCUGCCUCAGAUUCGCAGGAAAUUAUGCAAUCGAAAAAUAGGAAGAUGUUUGCAUCUUCGUAUUUUUAUGCACCGACACAUCCAACCGUAGAGGAUCAAGUUGAACUCGCUCGACGAAUUUCACAUUCGUUGAGCGAUGUAAAAAACAUGAAAAGUAAAGGUCAAUCCAUGUAUGUGAACAGGAAGAAACGAUCAGUGAAAUGGAUUCAUGAUGGCAAUGGUAUAGAAGAUGCAGAAGAACCCCUAACAUCUGUUCACAGAGAUAAAAUUCCAUUAAAAUGUAUGAUGAAUCCACAUGGAAAAGUGUUGGACAUUCAUGGAAUUCAAGCUUUGGGUGAAGAAGUGAAUAUUGAACCAAUGCCGAAAAAUCCAGAAAAACUAUUUGAUAUUGUUCGUGAUUUAAAUAAUCAACGGGGCCGUGGUGCUGAAAUAUUUGCGAAACGCAGGAAAAGAUCCGAAAAAUGGGUCGUAGACAAAGAUCAGCCACAAACACCAAGCACACCUGGUAUGCCAAAAAUGCCAAUGUAUGCGGGGAAACCGGAAAUGAAUGGCAAUUCAAAGUUCUCGACUCUGCCCCCUCUUACGCCUAUAGUACCUGAGCCAGUCAUCGAGAAAUCAUUUUACAAUCCCUUUACCGUGGACCUGUCUUUAGAUGAUACGGCUCCACCUACAACGGGCCGAAAUCAAUAUCGAUGUAAUGGUAAAGAGUGCAACCAUAUGACUGAAGUAAAAAAAAUUUAUCUGAGAGAAGUGGCUGUUGGUACUGACAAUGAUCUUCCCUUCGAUAAAUCUCGAUCGUCGAUAGUUGAGAAAUCACGUCGAAUCAGUUUCGAACCUGACGUUGAGCGACAUAACAGUUAUUAUGGCAGAAAUAACACUAACGAGAAUACGUCGAUUACCACUAACAGACGCAAUCAUAAUUAUAACAAGGCUUCGCUGAACAAAUCUAAUUUUUCUAAUGCGCAGCAUGCUACUAACAGAGAGGUUAGAAAUUACAUAAAGGAACAACGGGUCACGGAAUGUGUAAAGAGCACGAUUAACGACAACGAAAAGUUUGUGAAUAAUCAGCGGCAAAUUGAUAACGAAGAAAAUGAAUACACACCGAUUCCGGUCAAACAAUUGAUACAAGAAUUUGAAAAAACAUGCAGACCGAUUAUGCAAUAUAAACAAUUCAGUCCAAAGGUUAUUCCAAUUGUGCAGCAAUCUUCCCUCGAUAAUGAUAUAACGCGAUUCUUUGAAACACAAAAUUCCGUUAAAUAUAAUGCUGAAGAAGAACAUAGGAGAAUAGCCGAACAACAAAGAUACGAAGAACUUGUGAAGCUCCAAGAGCAUUGUAACAAUGGCUACAUGUCAACUGAUGACACGGAAUACACGACUGAUGGAACGGAUUCUCAAAUAAACGAUUACAGCGAAGAAAUGAUCUAUCGUGAAAAAUCGGAAUCUUCGAGCAUAAUGAACGGUGAUCAAGAAUAUUCAUCGAUUUAUCGCGAAGAAUGUUCCAGUCGACGUCGAUCUGUGACAUCCGAGGAAGUAGAAAAUUUCUGCAACAAUGUAGAGGGAAAAUAUAUAAACACAGAAUCGGAAGUGCCUGCAGAAGCGAAAUCUUUAUUACUCUCGAUGAUAACUUCCCAAGAAGAUAUUUUGGAAACUAUCAAGCAUUUACGUAGCACACCCGUUUUGGACAACCUUUUGCAUGGUGUUUCGCCGGAUUGUAAAUUUACUGACAUCUGUCCAGACGUAGGUAAAAAACUUUACGAAGAAAAUACGUACACAGGACCAAAACUUGCAAGUGUUCACAACCUAACCAAUUACAAUACGGCACCUCGAGGCUGGGAUCAGUCCUUGACUUAUUAUCGACCGAUUAAAUUCGAGAAACCUCAAGAAAUUGUUUAUUCUGAUUUUUAGAUAUAAUUUAAUAAGUAUGACAUUACAUACUUAGGAACCAAAAAUAUCACUACAGAAUUGUUCUUUCGAAUGUCGCAUUACAGAUUAUUUGAACGUUUUCCCUCGUUUACAAUGAAUUCGUCUUUUUUCUUUUCAUAUUUUUUUGAUUUUGCCAGAUACGAAGAUAAUAUUGAAAAUAAUUGUCGUAAAUAACGAAGAAACUUUUGUACUACUAAAUAGUACAGUAUAUAUUUAUAUGUCUUGAAGCU